UGCGGUUGAAGACCGGAUACGCGGUUCGCCACCAGCGUUCGCGAAAAACGGAUAAUUGGAUUCUUAAAGCGCCAGUCGAUGCUCGAAGAUCGGCUCCGUUGCUUCGCACGUCCGAUCGAGUGUGUCCAAUUCUACGUGGAACGUGUUUCUGGUGGCGAAGAAUCGUCGAUAACGAUAUCUCGAGUUUGCCGAACCGAAAGGAGUGGCGUAGUUAUCGCCUGGAUACCGUGUAUAGUACCGAUCGUCCAUCGAUCUUCCCACAAACAUGCGGAAUUUGACGUGUGUGUCACGUUCGGGUAGCGUCUUCUUGAUCCUCUUUAUCGCCUGUUUCUCGGUAGUGUUAUCGGCGGUCCCCGAAGACAGGAGUCUCUAUCGAUACCCGAAAUUCGAUUUCGGUCAGUUCGAUCGUGAUACGUUGCCCGAAUAUGUACCGGACAGGUGGAGGGCUGCCCCGUCGCAGAAGUUGCAGCCGCCGGGGAUCGAGAUCCAAGUGUUGAAGGGUCACGUGUCGCCACAGAACGAAAAUCUGGCCAUCAGCAUAGAGUACAAGAUCUCGUAUCAGAAUUACAAGCCGACGAACAUGGAGUCGCUGGAUCACAACAGGUCCGGGAAUAAGAUCGAUGAUAAUGUGGGCGAGAACGAAAUCGGUCGAAACGACGAGAACGUGGUGAAUAUAUCGAAAAAUUCGAAGAGCCCGCAAUUGGACAGCAGAACUAUCAUCGAUCCUCCAUCGUACGACUGUCCUCCGGGCCAGAGGAAAGAUCCAACUGGCCGAUGCAGGGAUAUUAUAUCAUAGACUGAGGUAACAUCCGUAUUUAAACAGACGGACGAAUCUGGGAAGUUCAACUAUCUCGACGUCUUCCUAAACGUGAUGUUGCACUUUUUUUCUAAAAUAAAUCAUUUACAAAAGA